AUGGCACCUUCGGUUUUCGAACCCACGGACGUUUAUAUUACUGAAAAGUACCAUCACGAGAGUAAAGGUAGUUAUAAUUCUACCAAUCAUGGCGGGCCCGAAUUGUCACAUGCCCGUGAAGCGUCCAAAGAAUUGAUCUUGGACAUCCUGCAAAAGAAAGCUGCCAGCAUCGAUGUGCAGAAUUGCUGCCCCGGCGAGGAGGAUCCAUUCUAUGUGGCGGAUCUAGGAGAAGUUUAUCGCCAGCACAUUCGCUGGAAGAUGAACCUAGGACGCGUCAAGCCCUUCUACGCCGUUAAAUGUAACCCCGACCCACAGGUCCUUCGUCUCAUGGCUCACCUUGGAAAUGGCUUUGACUGUGCUUCAAAGGCGGAAAUCGACUAUGUCCUCGCUGCCGGCGUCGACCCUAGCCGCAUUAUAUAUGCCCAUCCGUGCAAGACAAAGUCCUACCUUCGCUAUGCGGCACAACAAGGCGUCAAGCAGAUGACCUUUGACAACGCUGAUGAGCUGUACAAGAUUAAGACCAUGUGUCCCGAUGCGGAGCUCUUUUUGCGAAUCCUAACCGACGACUCCGCUAGCUUGUGUCGUCUAAGCAUGAAAUUCGGCGCUUCGCUCACUGUGACCCGUUCUCUACUUGAACUGGCCAAGGACUUGGGUCUAAACGUUGUUGGAGUGAGCUUCCAUGUCGGUUCCGGGGCGGAAGACCCAACAGCAUUCGUCAAGGCCGUUGAAGAUGCCCGCUUCGUGUUUGAUCAAGCCAGUGACAUCGGUCACGAUCUCAAAGUUCUCGAUGUCGGCGGUGGCUUUUGCGACGAAACUUUUGAGCGGUUUGCAGCGGCGCUCAGCGAUGCUUUGGAUACGUAUUUCCCGCCCCAUAUUCGCGUCAUCGCAGAGCCCGGCCGUUACUAUGUUGCAUCUGCCUUCACCCUCGCCGCCAACGUCAUUGCUCGCCGCGAUGUCAGCCCUGCAGCCUCUGACUCGGACUCUGCCAGUGGUCCCGCGGAGAUGUAUAUGAUCUAUCUCAACGAUGGAGUCUACGGAAACUUCUCCAACAUUGUUUUCGAUCAUCAGCAUCCGGUGGCCCAGAUUCUAACCAAGGAUGACAUGGCUUCUACCCACCCUGUGGAGUAUUCCAUCUGGGGUCCUACCUGCGAUGGCAUCGACGUUAUCAGCAAACGCGUUACACUUAACGGAGUAUUGGGUGUGGGCAACUGGUUGUACUUUGAGAAUAUGGGCGCUUAUACCCAAUGCAGUGCAACUCGUUUCAAUGGCUUCACCGACAAGCAUGACAUCAUCUACAUUUCUACAGAACCCAGCGCCGCUGCGCUUAUGGGAUAUUAG